AAGGCUAUCAUCGACAGCAUCCCACAGCAAUCAUGAUUUCUCUGGUCUUCGUUCUGCUCAUCGGAGCUGCCUUUGCUGAGGAGGAUGACAAGAUCGUCGGAGGGAAGGAGUGCACUCCCUACUCCAUGCCCCAUCAGGUGUCUCUGAACUCUGGCUACCACUUCUGUGGAGGCUCCCUGGUCAACGAGAACUGGGUGGUGUCUGCUGCUCACUGCUACAAGUCCCGUGUGGAGGUUCAGCUCGGAGAGCACAACCUCAGAGUCAGGGAGGGAAACGAGCAGUACAUCAGCUCCUCCCGUGUCAUCCGUCACCCCAACUACAGCUCCUACAACAUCAACAAUGACAUUAUGCUGAUCAAGCUGAGCAAGCCCGCCACCCUCAACCAGUACGUGCAGGCUGUGGCUCUGCCCAGCAGCUGUGCCCCCGCUGGCACCAUGUGCACCGUCUCUGGCUGGGGAAACACCAUGAGCUCCUCCGCUGACAGCAACAAGCUGCAGUGCCUGAACAUCCCCAUCCUGUCUGACAGGGACUGUAAGAACUCAUACCCCGGUCAGAUCACUGACGCUAUGUUCUGCGCUGGAUACCUGGAGGGAGGCAAGGACUCCUGCCAGGGAGACUCUGGUGGACCCGUCGUGUGCAACGGUGAGCUGCAGGGUGUUGUGUCCUGGGGCUACGGAUGUGCUCAGAAGGACAACCCCGGUGUCUACGCCAAGGUCUGCCUCUUCAACAACUGGCUGGAGAACACCAUGGAGCUCAUGGUGUUUCCCCAGCCGGAGACGGUGCACAUGGUGCCAGCGGGGGCACAGCUGCUGGGCAGAGCCACAGCCUGCACGUACUGGUUGAGGGUGGCGGGAGCUCAUGGUGUUUCCCCAGCCGGAGACGGUGCACAUGGUGCCAGCGGGGGCACAGCUGCUGGGCAGAGCCACAGGCUGCACGUACUGGUUGAGGGUGGCGGGCUUGCUCAGCUUGAUCAGCAUGACGUCAUUGUCGAUGUUGUAGGAGCUGUAGUUGGGGUGACGGAUGACACGGGAGGAGCUGAUGUACUGCUCGUUUCCCUCCCUGACUCUGAGGUUGUGCUCUCCAAGCUGAACUUCCACACGGCUGAAAAAAAUGGAAAACAGUGGAUUACAGUGAGCAGCAGACACCACCCAGUCCGCGUUGACCAGGGAGCCUCCACAGAAGUGGUAGCCAGAGUUCAGAGAUACCUGAUGGGCCUGAGAGUGGGGAGUGCACUCAUACCCUCCGACGAUCUUGUCUUCCUCCAAGCCAUGAGGUUCCUGGUCUUUGUUCUGCUCAUUGGAGCUGCUUUUGCUGCGGAGGAUGACAAAAUUGUCGGUGGGUAUGAGUGCACACCUUACUCUCAGCCCCACCAGGUGUCUCUGAAUAUUGGCUACCACUUCUGUGGAGGCUCCCUGGUCAACGAGAACUGGGUGGUGUCUGCUGCUCACUGCUACAAGUCUCGCAUUGAGGUGCGUAUGGGAGAGCAUCACAUCGGAGUCACUGAGGGCAGCGAGCAGUUCAUCAGUUCCUCCGGUGUCAUCAACCACCCCAACUUUGACCGCUACACCCUCGAGAAUGACAUCAUGCUGAUCAAGCUGAGCAAGCCCGCCACCCUCAACCAGUACGUGCAGGCUGUUGCUCUGCCCAGCAGCUGUGCCCCCGCUGGCACCAUGUGCACCGUCUCCGGCUGGGGAAACACCAUGAGCUCCACUGCUGACGGCAACAGGCUGCAGUGUGUUGGGGUCCCCAUCCUGUCUGAUGAAGACUGUAAUAACUCCUACCCCAACAUGAUCGACAACACCAUGUUCUGUGCCGGAUACCUGGAGGGAGGCAAGGACUCCUGCCAGGGAGACUCUGGUGGUCCUGUGCUAUGUAACGGUGAGCUGCAGGGUAUUGUGUCCUGGGGCUACGGGUGUGCCGAGAAGGACCACCCCGGUGUCUACGCCAAGGUGUGUGUGCAGACUGAGUGGCUGCGCAGCACAAUGACCCGGGCUGCAGGUGAAGCCUAUCAUCGACAGGAUCCGACAGCAAUCAUGAUUUCUCUGGUCUUUGUUCUGCUCAUCGGAGCUGCCUUUGCCUUGGAGGACGACAAAAUCGUCGGAGGGUAUGAGUGCACUCCCCACUCUCAGGCCCAUCAGGUGUCUCUGAACUCUGGCUACCACUUCUGUGGAGGCUCCCUGGUCAACGCGGACUGGGUGGUGUCUGCUGCUCACUGCUACAAGUCUCGUGUGGAGGUUCGUUUGGGAGAGCACCACAUCAGGGUCACAGAGGGAACCGAGCAGUUCAUCAGCUCCUCCCGUGUCAUCCGUCACCCCAACUACAGCUCCUACAACAUCGACAAUGACGUCAUGCUGAUCAAGCUGAGCAAGCCCGCCACCCUCAACCAGUACGUGCAGGCUGUGGCUCUGCCCAGCAGCUGUGCCCCCGCUGGCACCAUGUGCACUGUCUCCGGCUGGGGAAACACCAUGAGCUCCUCCGCUGAUGGCGACAAGCUGCAGUGCCUGAACAUCCCCAUCCUGUCUGACAGAGACUGUGAUAACUCUUACCCCGGCAUGAUCACUGACGCCAUGUUCUGCGCUGGAUACCUGGAGGGAGGCAAGGACUCCUGCCAGGGAGACUCUGGUGGACCCGUCGUGUGCAACGGUCAGCUGCAGGGUGUUGUGUCCUGGGGCUACGGAUGUGCUGAGAGGGAUCACCCCGGUGUCUACGCCAAGGUCUGCCUCUUCAACAACUGGCUGGCGACCACCAUGUUUUACCAGGCCCAGGUGACAACUGCUGGUUGUAGCUUUCUCUUCAAUCAGGGUGCCUCUGGUGGUCCUGUGGUGUCUAAUGGCGAGCUGCAGGGCGUUGGGUCCUGGGACGGGGCUGCCCUCAACCAAACUACUCUGGCCUUUACACCAACCGCCCAGGAGUGCGAGAACAAUCAGGCCAAUCAUCAUUACUCAAGCCUUCCUGCGACCAGACUGGAGGCCGGGGUGUGUGUGCAGGUGUCUUCUGAGCAUUCACCUGACACCAUGACACUGCUGGCUCUGCUGCUGCUGAUCGGAGCUGCUGCGGCAGUUCCCCGUGAAGAUGGCAGGAUCAUUGGCGGUUGGGAGUGUUCGCGUGAUUCUCAUCCGUACAUGGCCUCCCUCAACUACGGGUACCACUUCUGUGGCGGGGUGCUCAUCAACAACCAGUGGGUGCUCUCUGUUGCCCACUGUUGGUACAGUCCCUAUUCAAUGCAGGUCAUUCUUGGCGAUCACGACUUGCGAGUGUUCGAAGGAACAGAGCAGCUCCUGAAGACCGACACCAUCAUCUGGCAUCCUAGCUAUGACUACCAGACUCUGGAUUUCGACAUGAUGCUGAUCAAGCUGUACCACCCAGUAGAAGUGACGAAGGCAGUCGCCCCCAUCUCGUUGCCCACAGGGUGUCCCAUUGGGGGGCUCAGCUGCUCUGUGUCUGGCUGGGGUAACACCGCGCUUGGAGGAGAGGUGUACAUGCCCAACCUCCUGCAGUGUUUGGACGUGCCCAUAGUGGACCAGCAGGUCUGUGAGAGCAGCUAUCCUGGCAUGAUCUCCCCCAGGAUGGUGUGUGCCGGAUUCAUGGACGGAGGCAGAGACGCAUGCAAUGGUGACUCUGGCAGCCCUCUGGUGUGUGCUGGAGAGGUGCAAGGCCUGGUGUCAUGGGGUCAGGGAUGUGCCGAGCCAAACUACCCCGGAGUCUACGUCAAAGUGUGUGAGUUCCUCUCCUGGAUUGAAGAAGUCCUGGCAACCAACCCUUAAAGAAAUCGCCAGUUUAUUUGCUUCACUUCUCCCACUGGUUCCCCUCAAUCCUAUUUCCAUUCACCGCCCAGAGCCUUCUCUCUGGUGCCUAUCAAGACUCUAAACACACAUGUGCCAGAACGUAGAAAACUAAAUAAAAUCACUUGGGAUUCAC